AUGGAAACAGAGGAUUUAACAUCGCAAUGGGAGAAGCUACAUCUUUCCAAGGAGGAAAGCUCUUUCUUUCAUGUCAACCCAGAAACCUACAUUGAGGAAGAUGCACGGGGCAAAAACUGUCUGGUGGGGAAGGCCUUAACUGAGAAGAGUGUUAACAGCAAGGGAUUUAGGGUCACAAUGUCUCAAAUAUGGAAGCUGGAGGGAUGGGUUAUUUUCAAGGAGUUGGGAGAACAAUGUUUUCAGAUAGAAUUCCAAAAGCUGACAGAUAAAGAGAGAGUCUUGAGUGGACGUCCAUGGUUCUUUGAUAGACACCUUCUAACCAUGAUGGAAGUGGAUGAAACAAUAUCCAUUCAUGCAUUACAGUUUCGGUUUGAACCUUUUUGGGUGCAGUUGCAUAACCUGCCGCUAGCAACCAUGACAGAAGAGUUUGGUCAGCAGUUUGCAGAAGCAAUUGGUCAUGUUAUCAGAGUUGAAGCCGAGGCUGAUGGGUGA